ACAGGAUCCAACAAAAGUUAUUCAAUAGCAGCUGUAGUGAAUCAAGCAUCUUGAGGUUACCUGAAAUAGGUCAAAGCAUAUAUUUGAAAUGUUCGAAUUUAUUUCAUCUUUAUUUAACUAGGCAAGUUGAAGUAAACAACAUCGACACAGACACAAGUUACCUGCUAUAUUUGGGAAACAGGAUUAACACAGAGAACUUGUCAAAAUACAAUGUAUGUUUCUGUAGUACGAGUAGGCUGGUGUAUGCAGUAUCAUCGGUAACAAUUGUGUACAAGCCACCUAGCUAAUAAAAUACUGGGGCUAGAGGUCGUUAGUUACAUUUCAACCAUAGCAAUUCCCUCAUCGAGGCGCAACAGAGUUCAGCGGCGAAUGCCGGAAAUAAUAACUAAACGGACGACAAAAUGGUGGAGGCUACCAGAAUGAAGAGACAUUUUUCCGAAAAAACGUGGUGAGUGAAAAACGUAAUUACAUAGCUCACUUCCAAACCAGUAUCUCAUUCUACCGUUAUACGACUUUGUAUGCGUUGUUUGUUGGCAACCUUGAUAUUUACGUAGUAUUUGGAACGGAUUCCUGUUGGAACGUUCCACAAAUUAUACCCACCCAUUGUACGAAGACGCAAAGCGUUUGAUGAGGUGAAGGUUCGACUCAAGAGAAUGAAGAUGGACUACGCACUGCUGUAGCCAGCCAAAUUGAAGAUUGUGGUCAACGGUUCGCCUAAUAAAACUCUACACACCUAAAGAUGCUGCUGUGUUAGACUCUCUCGGACAGGAACAUUCUCCCUCUGUCUCUGGAUGAGGGAACUGCAGAUUGAAAGUCCACCUCCAACCAACUGCUGGUACCCGAAUGAAUUGUAGCCUGUCUCCUGAAAAAGCAUCCUAUUUUUGUGGGACAUUUGCUGCAGACUAACCAAUCAGCAUCUUUAUUUGUAAUGCUGCCUGAAGAGUAACUUGGACAUUUUUAGCUUCCUUUCUUCCUUUUUAUUUUUUCCUGUGUUGCCCUUCUUGACAAGCAUGAUUUUCACCACAGCUGCUGUCCUUGGUGCUACGCUGGGCACUGCGUCAGGCAUCCUCACUCUCUGUGGGCUCUCACUGAUCUGCAGGUCCUGUAAGAAAGGCAAGUUGGAAAGUGGUGAAGAUGCAGACCCAGAGAAGGCUAAACCCAGUGUUCUGCACUCCUCAGAGAAGUUCAGUGUGGAAAAAUCCACAGAGCCCAUCCAACCAAGGACAUUGUUGAAAUUUCCUAAAAUAUACAAGCCCAAACCAUCUGUGACCUCAUCUGAGGUCAUCAGCUACCCUGAUCAUGCCUCAGAGAAGGGGGGCGAGCCCUCUCCCGAGAGACCCUCGACUGAGCCUGAUGCUGGUAACCAAGCAACUGACAGCUCUGACACAUUCACGAUCCUCAGACAAGACUCAAAGGACAAAACCCCCUGUGCAAGGGCUCUAACCAAUGGGAUGACAACAAGCAGCUCCAUCCUCCACCCUAAGCUGCAUUUCUCUCUCACCUAUUAUACAGACCAGAACGAGCUACACAUCACCGUGAUAGAAGCGGAGCAUUUGAGUGUGGGGUCGGGCUGUGAGGGCUAUGUGGCCGGAGUCCUGACCUUAGCAGCAGGACAGAGGGAGGCCCAGACUUCGUUGCGACGCCUGACCAGCCACACCCACUGGGAGGAAGGCCUGGUGUUCUCCCUACCAGGAGGGUAUGAGGUGGAGGGUGAAGUGGCUCUCUCCCUUCACAGUUGUGACCACUUCUCCCAGAACACCAACCUGGGCGUCAUGAGGUUCAAGCUGGUUGAUGUGGGCAUGAUGUCCAACGCAGACUGCUGGGUCGACCUACAACCACCAAAACAGGAUGUCCAGGCAGCUGGAGAGCUCCUGCUGUCUAUAAGUUACCUGCCUGCAGCCAAUCGGCUGGGAGUAGUGGUGAUGAAGGCUCGAGGACUACAGUCAGACAAGCUGAAGAACUCCAUAGACCUGUCUGUGAAACUGGCCCUGAAGCACCAGACUACCAAGCUGAGGAGGAAGAAGAAGCAGACGCGACGGGUCAAGCACAAGAUGAACCCAGUGUGGAAUGAGAUGAUGAUGCUGGAGGUUCCCCGCGAGCUGCUGUCUAAAUCCAGUCUGGACUUGGAGGUGUUGAACCAGGCAGGUCCUGGUGAGCAGGAGUCCCUGGGCCGCUGUCAGCUGGGUUUACAGGCCUCUAACACUGGCCUCCAACACUGGCAGCAAAUGCUAGACAACCCCCGUAAGCAGAUUGCCAUGUGGCACCCACUGUAUGACUAAGACAACCACCUGUCCGCUUCGCCCUUCCAAAUACCCAAAUGGGGGGGGGCAUGUCAACUGCCUUCCUGGAUCAGGAUUUAAGAGCCUAAAUCUAUUUAUCCACUUAUAUUGAAAGUAUCCCAUUACCUGCAAUUAAUUAUCCCACAGCAUCCCAUGACAACAGUAGCAUACACCAAACUGAAAUGUCACUGAAUAUCACAGAAUUUCCAAAGAAUACCAAUUAUGAACAAAUUUGAUAUAUUCAAUGAGACUCAUCAAUGCAAUGUGAUACUUUGCCUACAGUACCUAUACUUAACCACCUCUAUGAUCUGUUUUUAUAGCUGAACAGAAUAAAUAUGACAAUGCCUGUGUUUUUGUGUUAUAGGGGAUUGUGUAUAUGGUAUGUAAGGGUAUGAUAAAUAUCAGUGAAUUAUUCUAGAGUAGAGCUGUCAUUUUAUUUGUAAAGGUAUGUAUUCACACGCUUGGAAAGCAAUCGAGAAAAUGCACCUGGCAGAAACUUAAAGGCCAGCCGAUAUUGAACGGAUAGGAGAUUCAAAAGCCUGGUGUACUACUGAAAGGACAAGUAUUAGUAUUCAUAGAUAUACUGUAACAGUGAUGAAAUUACAGUGGACUACAUGUUUAAAGUGUAUCUUAUUACACAGGGUCUAAAAACGGCAGCUAAAGUUUUCCACAUGAUGUAUUAAAACAAAAUCAUGCAGUGUUCAAUCUAGUAAUGUACUGUAUUUGUCAUUUUUAUGAAUAUGUGCAGCUGUAUUCUAUCUUAGGAGAAUACGAGAGUUGAUAUACAUGUUAUAUUUAAAGUAGUUACAAUACAACUAUCAACUCAAUUUCACACCUGUUUCCAUUCAACCCACUUUGCUUCAGUUAUGUACAAAAGGUAUUGUUCUCCAUUGUGGUUUUAUUUUUUACAUAGCUUUUGUCAAGUGAACUGCUUAUAGACUGCGCCAGUGAGGAACACACUGCGUAAUUUGAAAUUGUACACACUGACACACAAAAUGUGUGAAAAUAAAAACAUCUUCAAAAUAUA